GCUGCUUCCUCACUCAACCUAUCUACCACGAUGCCGCUUCACCUUCUUGGGAAGAAAUCAUGGAACGUUUACAACCCCGAGAACAUCGAACGUGUCAAGCGCGAUGAGGCCCAAGCCAAGGCCCGUGAAGAGGAGGAUGAACGUCGUAUGCAAGAGGUCGAUGCCGAGCGUCGGAUCCAAAUAUUACGUGGAGAGCGACCAUCUACACCCCCUCCGCCCCCGCCAUCUACCUCAGAUUCGCAUCACGGACCGGAGAGGAACUACACCGAUAGCGCUGGGCAAUACAGGAAACGGCGACGCCUUGCAGGGGAAGAUGACACAGACAGGGAUAUCAGAUUAGCACGGGAGAAUGCGACGCAUGCCAUUGCAGCAAGAGAUAGGCUCGCUCUUACCUCUGGCCGAGAUAGUAAAGAUGCACAGGCACCGCUGGUGGAUAGUGCCGGUCACAUCAACCUCUUCCCAGCCGAGAGUGGCAACAAGAAGGCAGAGAAGAAUGCCGAAGCGGAGGCUGAGGCUACAAAGAAGAAGCGAAGCUAUGAAGAUCAAUAUACGAUGCGGUUUACCAACGCCGCAGGCUUCAAGGAGAAAAUCGGCCGGCAGCCAUGGUACUCCUCUUCCGGCCAGGAUCUGGCCGCGCCAGACUCUAUGCCAGAGAAAGACGUUUGGGGCAACGAAGAUCCAAGGCGCAAAGAACGAGAGAAAGCACGCCUGGACUCCAAUGAUCCUCUCGCAGCGAUGAAACGUGGCGUUCGGCAACUAAGAGCCACGGAGCAAGAACGAAAACGAUGGAAUGAGGAGAAACGGAAAGAGCUUGAAGCUUUCAAAUUUGAUGAACGGCACCGAUCAAAAAAUCAUUCCAGGAGGCGGUCCCGAUCUGUAGACAGCCUGGAGGGGUUCAAACUUGAUGCGCCUGCAGUUAAACCACGCGAUCAAAAGGAGCAUAGAAGCUCCGGUCAACAUCGCCGACACCAUCGUGAGGAUCGAAGUCGAGAUCGUUCACAUCGAAGAUCGUAUCACCGCUCAGAUCACUCUCAUCGACAUCGGGAUAGAUCCCAUGGAGAUGACAGACUUCCGCCGCAAUCAGAGAAGAGCUCGGCUCAUGACAAGCGUUAACACACUGAAUGAUUAGAGAUGCAAAAUGAUACCGGCUUCUUUUUUUGAUCCCAAGUUAUCAGAAAAUUUACUCCCGUUUAUUUAAUUGCUAAACGGCCUUCAAAUACUAUACAAAUUGAUAGACAAG